ACAGCAGCGCCAUCUAGCGACGGUUGUUGUGCUUCUAGAGCAGCUGCUGCUGAGCUUCUCUGCGACACAAACACUUCUGACGAUAUAUACGAUACAUAUAAAUGACUGCUGACAGUUUACUGUCAUCAUUGCUUUGUUUUGGCAAACACAAAGACGAAACACAGACAGCUGAGUGGUUAUAAACGCUUCAGGCUCUGUGACGUCUUUGGGCAGUUUGAGUGACGUCGUCGAUGGGUGUCAGGUGACAAAACAGAGAGACGAGACUUCCCAGACCUCCGGGACUGACAGCGGAUUAAAUACCAGCGAAAAGCAUAACUUUGAUUUGAAAUAAUCUGCGUGAAGGAAGUAUGGAGGAUGAUGAACUUCCGUCAGAGGAUGGGCUGGGUGGGCGUGGCUCUCUACCUGCUACUCAGCGUGCUGUUGGUGUACUACGUGUUUGAGGUUCAGCGGUUCAGUUUGGAACACGUGCAGAGAGGUGCGACCAGCCCGUCAGCUCCACCCCCCGCCGUCAGCUGGAGUCAGGGCAUUGGCACCCGCUUGCCACCGCUUCCUGCUUGGAUGUGGGCGUCUGUCUUCCUGCUGCCAUACCUGCAGCUCUUCCUCUUCCUGUUCUCCUGCACAAGGGCGGACCCUCGCGCCGUCGGUUACUGUGUCCUACCUGUCUGCCUUGCCCUGCUCUGCAGCCGCCGCCACGCCGUUGGCAAGCCGUCCAAUCACAGCGGCUCACCACUUAUAGACACAUAGAGGGGCGGGGCCAAUGCAGGACGUCACCAGAAGACUAAGUGAACAGUUUGUCGGUUGUGAUGUCACUUCCCUGUGUGCCUUUUGACAGACGUAAACCCACCGCUCCGCCUGAUAAGGACCUGUGUCGAACUGCCCUGAGCGUGGACUGUCGGGAUCAACAAAUACAAACCUUUUUGUAAAAACACACAGAGAAUCCUGUGCUGUGAUUGGCUGGAGGGUAGCUGUGUGUCUAACUGAAGCACCAGUACUGUUGCUAUGGUAACCGGCAGAUAAACUUAUGACCAAGCCAAUCAGAGAGCAGUAUUCUCUGUGACUGUGGUACUUAAUUUGCUACUUUUCUGUGUUUAAUAUCAUGAGUCACAUAACAUACACUGGUUACCAUGACAACUUUAUUAUGUCAAUAAAAUGAAAGAAAAAACAA